AUGGUCUGUGCGUAAAAAAACAUUGUUCGUGCGUUCGCGUCGUGUGUGUGCGUGAGUUUGGCGAAAGUGUGUAUAUACGGCAUAUGGAAAACCAACCACAGACUCAUUAACCUCAAGUGGAAAACAAUGGAAUGCCAGCUCCACACUGUCGCCAAACUCAGACAGACACGUGCGAACGUGAAUACGUGAACAUUACGUAGUUUGUAUGACAGCUUUUAUUUACCGCAAUGAAAUACCAGCAAUGUACACCGAAUCCGCCAAAUUAUAGCAAACUGUUCGGCGGGAGUGGAGCCGGCAGAACACAAAGGAGCGGCAACGCGAUACGCCGACGCACCGGAGCAAUGGAGCCGGGCUGUAACUUAUCCAUAAUCUAGUUUGAAGAUGUUCAAACAUCUUCGACGUUUCUCCAAGAUCCGAGCUCAGGACUCCAAGGUGUAUAAAACUCCCGUCGGUGGCGGGAAGUGCAAUAAUGGAAGCCUGAAUGUGACAGAGUACUUUGCGUGGGCUCUGGGGUUGGUUUAAUACUCAAAGCUUUGUGUAAAGCUCAAAAGUUUUCGAGUGCUCUUUAAAAAUACUUGACAGUCCUGUCAUGAAAACCCGUCAAUCACAUAUAUCCGACGCCGUUGAAAACUAACGGAAUAACAAUGCCGUAGUUUCCAAUAGCCAAAUUAACCGCGACCAGAUGUUGAGGCACACCAUGCUCGAACCCAUCAUACAUAUCACAACAUGUCAAAAUGUUCGAAGGUGAAGAAUCCAUGCAAGAUCUGCUUAAACCCAGUCAACCAGAAGAACGGUCUGCAAUGCCAGGGCAUCUGUUCCAGCUGGGUUCACUUCAACUGCUUAAAUUACUCACCAGGUCGGAUUAAAGACAUCAAAUCUGGACACCUCAGAGUCAACUGCCCCUGUCCAGACUGCCUAACAAGUGAAGGGAAAGAGUUUUACACUCACGAAGGUUACACGUGUGAGGACCAAAGCUGCCCAGCGCGGUUGCCCCCAGCGUGCGGCAAACCUGACUGCGUUGUGGAAACUGUACAGAAAAACGUUUCACGAAUCACAACAGGUACAGGAACUAAUUGCUCUGAAACGAUAAUUUGCGCCGAGCCCAAUUUCCGCAGCCCUGUUCUACCGGGCAGAAGACAUUCGAUGGAGGACGUUGGUGAUAUCGGCAAGAACAGGGAACUCCAGAACCUGACAGCGGAAAUAAACAAAGUUAUAGCCACUAUGGGACAACUGACGCAACAAUUUAAUACAAUGAUGUCGAAGCUGAAAGAAGCUAUGGAUCAAAGUAAAUCGGACGGGAGUGUUGGUACAACGUGCUCCAAGCAGGGACCCAGUAAUCUUUGUCCUAAACCUUGUUACUGUAAUGAACCUAAGGGGAAAAAGAAAUAGUUUAUCAUCAUCGACAGUAUUUUGUGUUCCAUUGUUGGUUAUAGUCAUAUCUCAAUUCAAGCAUCUCACAUUCACCCGGUAAUGUACGAAGCCAAUUUCGACCUCCGAUUUCGACAUAGACACAACACAACAUAGCCAUGUUGUUUUACUUGUUACAAAUAUCACUGUUUAUUUACAUAAGUAGCAAACUAAAAUAUAAUUAUAUUAAUAAACUAAGGUUAUUUUGUCAAUACUAAUCCCAACUAAUAUUAUACCUGCAUAUUUAUUACAUUGUGUCGUGUGGUUGCGCCCUAGAAUAGGACCACUCCAUACGCUUGGAUGUCGUACGAAGCGACUAAGAGAUACAAAACUGAUAAGCAACAAAAGCAUUUCCAAGCAAUGCUGACAUCAUAAUUGAUGAUUUGUGUCCAUCGGACGGGAUACAGGCUCAGUGCUUAGCGACUUAGGACCGUUGAGUGUUGUCUAUUAAUUUAUUAUUAUUUAUUUGCUUCGAUGACCUAUCAGAAGCUGUCAUCAAGUCAACGUUUCACAGAAUUUUCCGAAAGCAUUUUUAGAUUACAAAACGUCACUAAGCGAUCAUUUUUCGUGGAAACUUAAUUAUCCAGUAUCGGGAGCCAACGAAAGCGAUCAGAUCAGUUUUUCGGCGAGUGGACCGAUGCCCCCCCCCUACAGUUAGGGAGGAGGGGGGAGGUAACCCCACACCUUUAGUGUAUAGUAGUUUUUAUAGAUCACCACUUGGUUCCGAUGAGGGAAAACAUCGUGAGGAAACCUGCACCUGGUUGAAUUGGUUUCUUGGCGUUACGGCGGUGAAUGCAAUCGCGAUCCCGCGAAAAUGAGAAAGAAAACAUACAUACAGAUAUAGCGUAAUUGCAUUGAGUAUUAAAAGCAAUAGAAUAGUUGCCAUUAAGUCAAUACAGAUACUUUUUUCCAUGUUAAAACAAUAUAUUAUAUAGGGCUUGUAUGACCGCGGGCACAAGUGACGUCACAAAUUUUGGAGUCCAAAAUAUGUCCUUUAAUGAGCACAAAAAAAAAAUUAUAAUAUAAAUAAAAUUAAUUAAUUAAACUGACAUUUGAUUAUCGUGUUUCAUUUUUUUUUUACUUUACAUCCAGGCAACUACCCUAUUUUUUGGAUCUUCUACCCCAAAGCGGGUGAAAAAUGUCAUUCACGCGGGCGAACCAAUAGUGACUAUAUAUGUUACUUAAAUAAGUAAUAUAGCAUUUUGUAAACUCAUGGAUUUUGUAAACUACACAAUCAAAUGUUCAUAAUAAUGUUCACUACUAUGUAAGCGUCGAGAUAUAUCGAACCAGAACCAUCUGUGUACUAUCGAUUCAAUGACUGGACCGAGGGCCGGUCACGUAUCCAUUUUAUAGUGAGCCGAAAUUCACGUGAUCUACAGGCUGACCCGAUUUAUUUAGACUAUAUUGGAAUAUGGUUGCUUGCCAUCAAUUCAAAUCGAACGUGGGUCAAAAACAAUUAAAAAAUUAUGGAGCUUGUGUGAUAGCAGGCACAAGUGACGUCACUAAUCGUCAAAAGUUAGCAGUUUAGUUCACGGAAAUAGUAGGUAUGUUAUUGUAUGGUAGGUAUAGUUACACUUUAAUGAGGGAGAACAAAAAAAAUUUCGCCACACAUAUCAUCUGAAAGUCUGUCUACGCUUUCACAACUAAACCGUUAGGCCGAUUUUGAUGAAAUUUGGAACUAUAUCUUUCUAAUAGUUAGUGAAACCUAAGAUCAAACGCGACCGUGGAUAGAGCUAUAGGCUUGUCUUACUAAUAUUAUAAAUUUGAAAGUUUGUGAUGUUUGUUUUAUUAUGUUGUUUGUUACUCUUUCACGCAAAAUCUACUGGACGGAUUGUUGUGAAAUUUUGUAUACGGGUAGAAUAUAACCUGGAAUGACACAUAACCUUUAUUGCCAAAAUUCUCACGGUAGCGCAUCUAGUACAGCAUAAAUGACUUAAAGUAAUUUUCGAUCGUACUUAAUUACAAUUUCAAACACACCCUGUGGCUAAAAGUUGUAAGGACUAAGCAACUUGAUCUAACUUGGUUGUAAUUAUGAUAAUCGGUGAUAGGCGAUUC